UUAUUAAUAAAAAAAAAUGUUACAAUAUAUAGAUUAAUCAAACGAUGUAACAAAGAAAGUUAUUAAGGUUAUUUUAUGUUUACUGUUUAUAUUUACAUGACAUGCCUUAUCAUUGACUUUAUGAUAAUGAUAAAUUCUGAUUUUAAAUUCAUAAUAUGAAAGGUCAUUAUUUUAAUAUUUUUCACGGCGAGUAUCACGUAUACUUGGAUCGCCUCUAUAUCGAACCUUUUAUCUCAUGUUUAUUUAGAAUAUAAGAAAUAGAAAUGAUUAAAUCCAUCACAAAUAACUAAUUGCUUCCCAGUUGAAAAGAAUCAUACAUUCAGUUCAAAUCAAACUAUGUAACGAGUAUCACUCUGCAAUUUUCAAACGUAUUACAUUAUUUUAUAUUAUUCCAUUAAUUUCUAUAAUAUUCUAAUUAUAUUCAAAAUAUAAAAAAAAAUAUACAUAUUCAUAUUAAAGAUAUAUCCCAAAAAGCUUUGCCGUGAAUAUGUUAAUAAAGUUAAUUUAAAUACAUAUAUUUUUUGUAUGUGCCUGAAGUGUUCAAUAUCAGUAUUAUAAUGUUAUUAUAUAUAGUAUUGGCAAUUGCAUUAAAUAAUGUUUUAAUCAUGAAUUGCGCCUAUUUGAACAAUGAUGGAACAUAUUCAUUAAAUAAAAAUUUAUCUAAUUUUACUUAUACAUGGGUAGACAAAGUCCAUGUUGAUUUAGUAAAUUUUAUGUCUAAUAAUAAAGAAGUAGAUUGUUUUGGUUUAGGAAAAACAGUUGCUAUUGUUUUAGCAUGGUUUUUUUCUGACAAAGCUAAUGAAUUAAAGUUAUUAGAUGUUCAAUUUCUUUUAUCAUCAAGAAAUCAGCCGAACAGAGUACAAGUGUAUAUUGGUGAACAGUUUGGUUUGGAAUGGACAGAUUUUAAAAUUGAACGUAGAACUAUUAUAAUAGUACAUGGAUUUUUAUCUCACAGCAAUGAAAAAUGGAUUACUGAAAUGGAGGAAGCAUUUCUUAAAUGGAAUGAUGUUAAUGUAAUAAUCGUGGAUUGGAGCGCAGAAGGUAAUACGUGGAAUUAUUAUAAAGCUGCCAUCAAUACUAAAAUAGUUGGACAUCAAAUUGCAAAAUUUUUAGAACAUAUCGUAAAUGCAACAAAAGUUACAUCUAAUUGGGGUACUAUACAUUUAAUUGGCCAUAGUCUUGGAGCACAUAUUUGUGGCUUUGCUGCAAAAGAAUUUAAGAAAAAAGAAAGUAAUUGGAUAAUACAUAGAAUUACUGGCCUAGAUCCAGCACAGCCAUGUUUCAGAAAUACAGAUACAUCUAUUCAUUUGGAUAAAACAGAUGCACCAUUUGUUGAUAUAAUUCAUACUAAUGGAAAAUUACUCUCCAAUCUUGGCUUAGGUUUACCAGGGCCUAUUGGUCACGUAGAUUUCUAUCCUAAUGGAGGCCAAUAUCAACCAGGUUGUUCUGAAUCCAAUAAAACGAUCUUUGGCUAUUUACCUAUUCCUCAAACAUUUAUUCAACAAGCAAUAUGCAGUCAUGGUCGUUCUUAUAUUUAUCUUACUGAAUCUCUUUUAUUAACUUCUAUGAAUAAUUGUAGUUUCUGGUCACAUCAUUGGGACUUGACAUAUAGAAAUAUAAAACAAAUAAUGUCUGAAUCAUGUAACAAAGAUAAUUGCAUUGAAAUGGGAAUUAAAGCAGAGAAUUAUCCUCAUCGUGGAACUUUUUUUCUAAUUACUUCAAAUAGUACACCAUAUUGUGUUAAUGAAACAGAAUUAUCAAAAGAAAUAAAAACACAGUUGAAAAUCGAUUAUAUUAAUGAGCUUCAGGAUUAAAAGAGAGAGAGAGAAAGAGAGAGAGAAAUACAUAAUUUUAUUAUAUAUGUUACGGACAAAGUCCAUAAUAGGGGCAUCGUGAAUAAUGAGAAACAAUGAAAAGGUCAUAACAUAUAUACAGAUAUUAUUUUCGUAAAUAAAUGCUUUUUUAUCUUAAAAAUACUAUUUAUAUAUAGCGUUUAUACUUGUACGUAUCGCAUUUAAAUUAUUUUUUGACUAAUAUUUACAAUUGGCAACAUUUAUAUUAUUUUAUAUACAAUUUCUAAUGACAAAGGAUUUAACCAGUUAGCUCAUAGCGCUAUAAAAUCAUUUAAAUUAUAUUAUGAUAAAUGUAAAGAAAACAAAUUGCAUAAGGACACUAACAAUUGUUACAGCAUAAGUACCUGUUAUAUUCUAAUAACAUGGUUGGUAACAUUAAUAUAAUUUUAUAUGUUGAGCUAAUUAUGGUUUAAUCACGUGUUUUGUGCGUUUACAUCGCCGUUUUAAUUUUUAAUCAUUGGCACUUUGUUCCUUGGUAUUUGAUAAAAAAAAAAUCAUCAAAAUACAUUGUGUGAUAGAUAAUACCCUUUAAUGUAUUACUUGGACAUAUGUAGCAGGAAAUAUACCAGUUCGUCCUUUGCAUUCACCUAUCCACCAGCCAUCUGCUUGUUUUUGAUGAACAGUUAUUAAGUCACCAGGAUUCAGACUUAAUUCGUCAUUAAGAUUUGCAGCAUAAUGAUAUAUUGCCCUGCACUGUUCCGCACUAUCUGACUUAGGUGUUACAACCGUAACAUCAACGUCUUGAUUAUUAUUGUCUUCUGAAUGACUACUGAAUUCAUCAAAAUCACUAAAAUCUUCUUCAUCCGGUGGAUUUUCUGAAUUACCAUCACCAGCCGUUCUAUCCGCCCAGUCUCGGUUCUCAGUUUCAUGUCCUUUUACUAAAUGUACAUCUAUUUCGUCAUCAAUAUCUUGUAUCUCAAAAGAUUCAUUCCUUGCCCAAGAAGGAAUCUAGAAAAAUUAUUAAUAUUUAAAUAUAAUAAUAACAUAUUUUUUUUGUAGAUAUUCUUAUAAUAAUUGUAAAGAUUUUUAUAUUAUUUCUUACCUUGAGAACACUUUGCUGAAGUCCUUGUUUAUCUCUAGAAACUAAUAUGUGUUCUGCUAAAGGAUGCUUGUUCCUUUUGCUACCUUCAACUUCUGCUAAUGUCCCACCAACCUUAUAUCUUGCAGCUUCCAAAUAUAGUAGCAUAGAACGCAUCUUUAAAAAAAAAAAAAAAAAAAAAGGAAUAAUUGAUUAGAAAAAAAUAUAUAAUAGGUAUUGUAGAUUCCUUUUUUUUAUACUUACAUGAUGUAAUUUGUCUGUAACAUUUUGUGUACUUUCAUCAGCUGCGAAUGCAGGUGUCUUGAUAAAAGCUCUAUGUAAAGUUUCCAAUCCUUCUCUUCCUCGCCUUUCUCUUUCUAGAUCUUGUCUUAUUAAAUGCAAUAUUCUAACUAAUGAUUGUUUUCGUCGUUCUCUGUUCAUUGCUAACGUUAUAUGUUCCGCAUAAAAAUCUGGAAGUAAUUGUUCUGCAUUGACUGUAUCAUUACUUUCUGUUCUACGUAUAAGAUUCUUCAAAAUUUCCACAUCCUGAGAUACAUUACAAUUCCGUAUGGGUGUAGAUAAACGAUCAGCACUCUAAAAACAUUGAAUUACAAAUUAAUAAUAAAAUUAUAAAACGAUAUUAUGGAUAUAAUAAUGAAGGAAUUUUUUUACCUGCUGUAGACGAGGAGCAAGUGCUUGCAAAUGUGCCAAAUAAACAUUGGCAAGAUCUUUCAAAGCACUCAAACGUUCUUCUUCAAGGAGUUCCAUUUGUUUAGAUCCUUUUUUUACUGUACUUUCAUAUUCCAAUCUAGCUCUUUCAGCUCUUACGCUUACAGUGUAAAAUUCUGUAUCAGCUCUACGAGAAGAAUCUUCAGCUUUUCGUCUCCUAGCUUCUAAUUUAUUCGCUUCUUUUUCCGUCAUAUGAUGAUUAGAUGAUUUAUUAUUAUUUUGUUGGCUUUGACUGAUAGAUUGCAAUCUUGCCAAAUCCUGCAGCCUUUCGUUCUCUCUUGCACAAGCAAAACUUUGCUUCUUGGUCUUUGAAGCAAUAUUACGCCAUUCCUGUAGAGACUUUAAAGCUUUGUCCACAGAAUUUUCAAUUGAUUUUCUCGAACGACCUUGAGCCUCUGCUACGCCCACCUAUGAACAUUCAUUUUUAAUAAAUAUCAAUUAAAUUCUAAAAUGAUAAUAAAUCAUAACUGUUAACAUUAAAAUAUUUACUUCAUGAGAAUGCUUUUAAUAUAUUUGUAAUAUUUUACAAUUAACAAAUUAUCUGUUAUAAACGUAAAUGUUUUAUCUGUUUCUUUUUUAUUUUUUUUUUUUUUUUUAAUAAACAAAAAUAAGACUUCAUCGAACUAAAUUUCACCGAAUAAUUUUUUUUUACUUUUUUUUAUGCAAACAAAAUCUAUCUGUAAAAUAUGUACGUUUUAGAUAAAUUCUUAACGUUAUACAGAAGAAUGGAGAAUAAAUCGCAACAGAGUUUUAGAAAUUGAUAAUGUCGUAAUCAUUGUAAAACGCGAUAGAAUUUAUGUAGAAGAUGACGUCAUUCAGCACCUACAUAUAACUCAGCUUAUUUCACGAUCGAAUAAUUAUAUAUCUAUGUAUAAAACUUACUCUCAACGGUUUUGCUAAUUGUUCGCCUAACGCAAUGCCCCAUACUCUGUGGGCUUCAGCAGCAGCUUCCAUUUCUUCUCCGACACACCUCCAUGCCUCGUUCACACCUCCAUUGCUGUUUCCACCUGCGUAAAUAAAUUAAAAAGUAUAUAUAUAUACAUAUAUAUGUGAAAUAUGUGUAUGUACGUAUGUUAAAAAUUUUUUUUAAGUUCGUGUAAUUUAAAAAAAAAAUUGAGAAAAAAAUAUAUACAGCUUAAUUUUUUUUUUUUUUUUUAUUUUUUAAAAAAUGUCAAAAUAGUUUUUACUUACUUUGAUCUUUGGAACAAGCCUUAGUUAAUUUACUGCUCAAUUUACUUAGCCCUUUAGCAUACGUAGCUUCCAGUUCAGCCCUAAUCAAUAAGAAAGAGAUUAAACAAAUUUAAAUUACAUUUUUCUAUACAUGUAUAUAUAUUUUGUAUGUUUAUAUAAAAAAAAAAAAUAUAUAUAUAUAUAUAUAAAAAAUACGAGUACUUGAGUUUGUUCAUUAAGAAUAUUAUAAUCAUAUCAUAAAAUACGACAAUAUGAUUUACAACUUUGAUUUACUAUGCGUGUAUGCACAAUUAUUUUGCAUUUAUUACAAAUAAUUACUCAUCAAAAUAAUAACUUUCAUGAAGAAUCAUACCUUUCAUGAAGAAUCGAAGCCAACUCUUUGCAAAAAUCUCCACCUUGUUUAACAUAUCUUCGAAUAUCUUCGAAUCCACUUUGGCCGCCCUUAACAAACAAACAAAUAUUAAUUGUAAUGAAUGAAUGAAUGAAAUAAAAUGUUGUUAAUCGAAUGAAAAAAGAAAAAAAAAAAUAUUAUCAAUAGGAAAAAUACAGAUUUUUAAAUCACAUAUAAAACAAGAAUAAAUUUCGAACUAAGGACAUUCUGAAUUUGAUUAUGCUUUUGCAAUACGGCUAACCGGACUUCCAAAAGAACAAAAAAAAAAAAGAAAAAGAAAAAAUGAUUAGUAAUAAUCUAGUUCUCAAUCGUUAGAUAAGUUUUCCACCAUGGUCGAGUUAGAAUCUAAGAAGGUCAAAACCGGCUCAUUAAUACGGUAACGCGGCGCUUGCAUAAAGACGUAAGCACACGUAAAGAAAUUUACUUAUUAUUUACUUAUUAUUCACUGACGUGAAAAGGAAAAAAAUUAAAGAAGAAAAAAAAAAAAAAUGAGAAAAAAAAAGCCAUAAUCGAAACGAUGGUGAAUGGAAAUUAAUGAAAUGUCAAGGAAAGACACCUGAAUCAAAAGACACGCGUUCGUAACUUCGUUCAGAUUAUUGAAUAUCAUUUUAUUUUUUAUUUCUUUAUUUUCUUUUUUAUUUCUUUUUCAAGAAUCUAUAUAUAAUAAUUUUUUAAUUCCAUAUAGGAUAUAAUAAUAUCAGAAAUUAUAAUACUCAAUUAGACAAUCGAACGAGAAAACAUUAAUACGAUUUUUCAAUUAAAAAAGAAUUAAAUUAUAGAAUUGAAAAAAUUCCAAAAUACUUGAACUCCAAAUUGUUUAAAUUAAAUAUA